AUGUCAAACUCGUUCAACAAACCAGAAUCAUCUUGGGAUAGUCACAGCAUCGGCGAAGGGGAAUUUGUUAACCAUGUUCAUUCCAAUAGGAUAAGUCUGCCUGCCCAUGUUAGAAGCAUAGAUAAUAUCGCCAUUACAAACGAAAAGGAUGCAGCCAGAGCUUUAAAAGAAGCACAAGCUAACUUGGAGUUCCUGGCUGACACAGGAUAUGCACCAGAAUUGAGAAGAAAUUUUAGUAUGAUCUCUUUGAUUGGAGUUGGAUUCGGAAUUACCAAUUCGUGGGCCGGUAUCAGUGGCUCUUUAAUUACAGGCAUAGCAUCUGGAGGACCUAUGAUGAUUGUGUACGGAAUUAUAAUCGUUUCUUUUUUCUCAUUUUGUGUUGUGAUAUCAUUAGCUGAAAUGGCAUCAGCUUAUCCUAAUGCUUCUGGUCAGAUAUAUUGGACAAUGAAGUUGGCACCACGGAGGUACUCAAGAUUAUUGGCUUACAUAACCGGAGUAUUAUCUUGGGUGGGGUCAGUGUUUACCUCAGCAAGUAUUACAAUCACAAUCUCCGUUGCAAUUCUUGGAUUGUACGCCUUGUUCCGUCCUGAGUUUGUCGUCCACAAGUGGCAAGUGUUUAUUGUCUACGAAUUGUUUAAUAUAUUGGUGCUGUUAUUCAACGUUUAUGAUCGCCCUUUACCGGCAAUAUUCUUGGGCACACUUGGUAUUUCGCUUGCUUCAUUCAUCAUUGUGAUUAUUACCGUCUUGGCCAUGCACAAAGGAGAUUUUCAAAGCGCAAA